CUUUUCCCACUCGAAAGACAUGUCUAGAGGGAAACUCUUCGGCAACGCCCAUCAUCGGAGGCGCCCCCCAGACUGGCUCAAGGGUCUGAAAGGCAGCGCUAACACAGCUUCUUCAGGUUCAAGGCAGUUACUUUUCGGUCAGCACUUUAACCGUGCACCUUCUUUCACAUUCAUUUCUUGGAUCCCCUGUUUCGUCCAGUUUCCUGAUGCUCGCUAUUGGGAAGGCGCAGUGCACCGCAUGCGUGGUGGCGUUUCUCUUGCAGAACGUGAUGCCCGCCGCGAACGCCGAGGUGAUGCAGGCGGGAUAUCGUGCUCAUCGUAUCUUCUCUAAGCACAACGCCUCGCGAAUGAGUACUCAUGCGCAGGACACGACGAGAGACUUCAGCACCGUCGAGGUCCUCAAUUUGGCCGACACGGACAGCAACCUUGUAGCUUUUCGUAACAGCUUUUCGGACGGGGCCCACGGGUACAUGGCUAGCUCUGUCACGGGGUUUGUCGCUCGUUUUUCGUUGGCGGGGUUCAACAACGUCGAGGUUCUGAAUUUGACUGCCGCGGACAGCGACAUCCAAAGCUGCGCUGGCGCGUUUCCUGCUGGGACCUUCGGGUAUGUGAUCAGCCGUACCGGAAAAGUUGUUCGCUUCUCGCUGCUAGGGUUCAACAGUGUCGAUGUCAUCAACUUGGCUACCACGGACGGCGAUCUCAAUAGCAUGAGUUUUGGAUUUACGGACGGAAGCUACGGGUACGCGAUUUCGACGAACGGGAAAGUCGCUCGUUUUUCCUUGUCUGGGUUGAGCAACGUCGAGGUCCUCAGCUUGGGCCAGGGCUACGUAGGGUGGUUCAGCGGCGGAUUUACAGAUGGGACUCACGGGUAUUUAAUUCCGCUGUCGUUGAACCUAGCUGGAAGAGUUGUUCGUUUCUCGUUGUCUGGGUUCAACAAUGUCGAGGCCCUAGCGGUUGGGGUUCGCAGUUUUAAUGGCGGCUUCACGGACGGGGUCCACGGAUACCUGGUCCCGUGGUACGAAGACGGCGGACCACAUUCUGGAAAAGUUGUUCGUUUCUCGCUGUCAGGGUUCAACAAUGUCGAGAUCCUCGACUUGGAAACCUGGGACAGCGGGCUCAGGGGGUUCGGCGGCGGCUUUACAGACGGGACGUACGGCUACGUUGUUCCAUACCAUCAAUUUUCAAAAGUUGUUCGUUUCCCGCUGUCUGGGUUCAACACCAUUGAAGUCCUCAGCUUGGCCGACGAGGACGGCGAGCUCAGGGGAUGCUAUGGCGGUUUCACAGACGGGAUUUACGGGUACGUGAACCCGUAUUACAAAAACCGUGAAUUAUUUGGUGUUGGAUAUUGAAUCGUGGCCCGAUUUGCAGUCGUUCCGCAUGCAGUGCCGACGCUUGCGCCGACACCAGCACCGACGGUCGCACCGAUGCCAGCGUCUGCAACGGGCGACCCGCAUCUGCAAAACAUCUACGGCGAACGGUUUGAUUUGAGGAGGCCUGGCAAGGCCGUUUUGAUCCAGAUCCCGCGCGGAAAGGCCGGCGACGACGCGCUGCUCACCGUCAUGGCGGAUGCGCGCCAGUUGGGCGCACAUUGUGGGGAACUGUAUCCAGCUACGCUGAACAUCACAGGGACGUGGGCCAACGAGGUGCGGACAGGCGGAUUUCUCUUCAGCACCGAGGAGGUGAACGGCGCGACUCUCCAGAUGCCCGGCUGGACGAAGCUUGGCCCUGUGGAGCUGAAGGUCGUACGCGGCUGCACGGACAAGGGUGUGAAAUACUUGAAUUUUUACGUCAAGCGCCUCGGAAAUGCUGGCGCCGAUGUCGGAGGGUUGCUGGGUGAAGACGACUACGCCGAUGCAGCAACUCCUUCCGAUGGAUGCCAACAAUUUAUUUCGUUGGGGAAGCGGACGACUUUGCAGGAGGACGCCUCUGAAGCUCUCGCGGGCUUCCAGUAGCCUAUCAUAGCACCGCAUGCGUAAUGUUACGACAUGUAGAUACCUUUUUCAGCUGGUGCCGCCAAUCCUGGCCGCACGCACGCACGCGCGCCCUUUGCGCGUAGCGCAGCACAGCGCGCACGCGAAACACGCAUAUACAUGUAUAUAUUAUAUUAU